UAUUCCCAACAUAUGUCAUGAAAUCUCGUCAGUUUUUGCGCACAAAAUCUUAUAAAAUGACAUCGUUCGAAAGUCGGUAGAUAAAGUAUGAUUAUUCAACGAGAUAUCCAAGCAAAGAUAUAAUCCGCUUAUUUGGAGGACUGUAUAAGGAAGCAUUCCUACUGAAACAAGAAGCUUCAUGUUAAUCUUACCGUCGUCAUUUGCCGACUAUCUGGCUUCUGGCAAUGCUACCUGCUAAGCAUGUUAGCUUUGGUCUUGAAUGAUAUCGUCAAACGCUAAGAUAAGUGAACAGAUUUUCAUCUUCAACAUCCCAAUUACUGGCAACAAAGAUGUCAGAUAUAUCCAGCCACCUUGGGCUUUCUGAGAACGGUAGCUUAGUAACCGUCCUGCCCAAUGGAAUGCGUCAAAUCGUCGACACGGAAGGCUUGGAAACAUUUGCUGAUUUCAAAAGAAAAAUUGAGCUGAUGUACGGUUUACCAUACGAACUACAGAAUAUAAAAAUCACGAAUGGCUAUCAUACUGUAGCGGACUGGGAACUGGUGAAGACAUUCAAGGGGGGAUCAAACACGGAAGUAUUCGUUCGAACUGAUCAAGAGUGGACAACAUUCGUUUCCGCGUGUUUGCGUGAUGCAUCGAUGACAGUUCUCGACUUUCUGGAAACAACAGAGACAGAUGAUAUUUUUGAAAAAAGACUAUAUGUUGCCUUGUUUAUAGCAGCUUCAACUUGUGAUAUAACUCUCGUUAGGAAAUUGCUUGGAUUAAGGCCGAAUAUCAGUAAGAGGACAGCCAGUGGCAGGAAUAUAUUACACUUGGCUGUUGCAACUGGAGACAUUGACUUGACAGAGGCUGUGUUGUAUUAUGAUUGCAGCAAUCUUAUUCAAGCUGGAGAUUCACGUGGAGAAACACCUCUAGACCUCGCGACGAAAGCUGAUAAUGUGGAACUUGUAGAAAUACUUUUGUCUCAUAUUGAUAAAAAUAACAUGGCAAACGCCGGCAGAAAGACUGAUGGAAUGUCAAGUAACGGACGGAAAAUUUCCAGGGCUACUGGUUCGAAUUCAUUACGAAUCACUGGAACGGCUGAAUCAAAAUUCCCUUACUCGUCGAGAUUUGUAUCUCAUUCGACCCCUAGUUCCCCACAACUACAGAGGAAAAGCCAAGACCCCCCUACUCUGGGUCAAGGAAAGACAGAUGAUAUCUUGGUGAAAAAAUUUGAUUACAGUUCAAGGCAACAACCUACUUCAGGUGAAACUGUUAAUCUACCCAACAUACUUCACGUGCCUCCAAACCAGAGCACCAGGCCAAUCCCAGGGAAAUUGAGCAGCCUGGCGCCACGCCUGUCUUCGCCUGUUCCAUCAGCUCCGAGGAGUCCUAAAUCUCGUAGAGAGGUUAGGAAGUUUUCAGCUCCUGACACUUACAACGAUGUAUUCCAACUUCACAAUGGUCAACGGGGCAUGCAACAGGUUGUUUUCCUACCGCCGUGGAGGCGCGGUGGGAGGUCACACUCCUCAGAUGAAACGAGAGAAGCACCGAAAGAGCAACUGGAGGUUCAGUCACAAAUGCCAGUUGCGACAGAAGAGAGGCAUAGAUCAGAAGCAAGAUCACAUUCAGUAGCCUCGAUAUCGCCUGAAGAUGUCAGUCGUCUUCAAGAAGAGGUUCGAGUAAAAAAGCCAUGGAAUGAAUGGCGCCGUAUCUCUUUGAUGGGAAAAAAGGAGAAGAAGAAUCUGUUUCAAGAUAUCCAGAAGCAAACAGAAGACGAGAAAAAAUCUUUUGAAAGCUGGCUAAUCGGUAAAGAGGUAAUGAGGGAGGAAUUUGAACAACAUUUGCUGGAGGAAGAGCGUAUGAAGCAGCUAGAAAAAGAAAAAAUAGAGGAAGAGAGGAAAAUGAAAUGCAAGUCGUACAACACAUGGCUUGCCGAGAAGGAAGUCGAAAAUGAAGAAUCGAAGGAAGAAGAAAAGAGAAAAGAAAAAGAGAGGAAAGUGACUGAAGAAAAACUGCAACUUAGAAAGACUGAAGCUGAGCGAAAGUAUGAAAAAUGGAUGAGAGAAAAAUAUGAAGAAGAACUUCGCAAGGAAGAAGAGCUUCAAAGACUCAUGCAAGAAAAAUGGAAAAUAAAAAAGCAAGAAGGUUUUCGUAGAAAGUCGGUAGCGACCAUGAGUACAACGAAGAAAACACUAUCUAGGUCCACUAGUGUUCCAAUAUCGUAAUGGAGAAAAGUCUCGAGUUGCAUAUAGCAUGCAGUUUGCUAAAUACUAUGUAUAGAUUUCGUAAUUUGAAUUGAAGAAAUAAAAGGAAUGGGCUUGAGGUAAUUUUUAAGUAUCUCAGGCAAAUUUUUACCGGUAAUUAUAAUAGAAGCUACUUAUAACUAUAAUAGAAAGCAAGAAAUUUAGAUUUGUUUCUACGAAAGCAUAUUCAUUGCGUGUUCAUCAGCAGUAAAGUACCUUGCUUUAUGCAUUAGAUAAAAUAGGAAUUUAAGAAGCUAGGAUAUAGAUUACUAAAAACUUAAUGAUGUGACCGUUGUUCCUGUUGAUUCGGAUUGUCUUUUAUAAAGGAACCAUAUGGGAAUGCAGGGGCAAGCCCGUUCUGCAAGAAAACAAGAACAUAACCAAGUAUCAGUCGUUAUAGUUUUACGAAAACAUUCAUGUUAACGAGAUGCAUAUGUAUUGAUCGCUGUUGAAAAACUAAAAAUAUUCUUGGUAUGAGUCCAGAAAACCUUAGUUUAUAGUGAAAAGUAUUUUUUCAAGACAAUUUACAGUAACGUAACAUUUUAUGGUUUUAGCAGAGAUUCGCAGUGAGGAUAUAACCAAUCUAAUUGAACCGAGGAGUAUUAAUGAAGAUAAAUUCUAAAAUAUUUUGGCUUCUAACUUUAGAUUCGUGAUCUAUUUUUGUAAGUUGAUAUAAUUAUUCAGUUUUGUAGAUUUUACAAAGUAUGUACAAGGAUUGUGAUUUUAACUUUAACGUACAAAGUAGACAUCAGUAUGUGUAUAUGCAUUGACUAAGACUGAAAUAGCAAGCCCCAUGGCAAGCCAGCUGCGAAGCCAGGCUCCUAACACCGGAGGAGCAAAGAGCCGGAAAGGUUAAGUCGCGGGUAUUUCUUCGAGAAAUUUUGAGGGCUGACGCUUUUCGAUGCCCGUAUUAUUUUUAAUACCUCUUUAGAAGUAAAUGAAAUAGAAUUUUUGUAGGUUUUCCUCAUCAAACUGUCUGGCAGUAAGCAAAGGCCCUUAUAGGCAAAAUUGGUGUAUUAUCGCUU